AUGCCAAGUCACCUAACUGGAGGCGACCCUGACAAUGAGCAACUCGCCACAAGUGCACUAGAGAUUCUAGCUGUCGCUCAAAGACCCCUAAGUAUACUCGAAUUGGGUUGGGCUCUGGCCCUGGACGAUCCUGAGGCGGAAAUGCGGACCAUAGAGGAGGUAAAAGACUAUGUGGGCGAAAAAAGAGCCUUGAGCCUGUUGCAGCCUUUCUUAUCUCAGGUUGACUUUGAGGACGUCAAGAGAAAUCAGGUGAGACUCGUGCAUCAAUCGUUGAAAGAGCUGAUCCUGCGAGAUUUUCCUUCAAAUUGGGCACAGUUGCAAAAUAUCGCCGAAGCGUCAAAGGCCGACAAACGACGCAUCCAGCAGCGACAGUCCAAAGUGGAAGCAGCUCUUCCACGCAUAUGCGUCAAAUACCUCCUUUUGGAUGAAUUCAAUCGGAACGGCCUAUUUUCGAAAGAACGAGAAACAGCCCAAAGGCUCGAGGAGUUGCCCGGUUCGGAUUGUUGGGCGACUCCAGCGAUGAUGACCAGCAACGAGACUCUGUGGUGA